AUGGGCCUGAAAAAGUUUAGCGCUGUCCGGGACUUUCCAGGUGAACCCCUCAAUGGCACCGCUACGAACCUUACCGAGCUUCCCAGCAACAUCUUGGAAGCAUUCAUUCCAGGCUACAGUCUAAUAUCAAGAUUCAUCCUCGACGCAUUCGGAUUUGAUAUCAGUUUAGUCGUUUCCGUUGGCCUUCUGGCUUUUGCAGUCGUUACAUCCGUUACAUACGUUUGGGACAAGGCCUUUUCUUUAUUCCAGGACUCUUACAUGUCUAAUGUUUACAUUGACGACUCAGAUGAUCUUUACGACUCUGUCCUGGAGUGGAUUGCCGAUCAGCGCAUGUCCAAAGUUUCUAGAUCCAUCAAAGCAGUAACCCGCUAUGGCAUGUCCCAUGUGGAAGCUGAGGAGGCUAGUGACGGCGCUAUGGACGAGCAGGGAAUCUUCAACUAUGGAAAGUGGUCCGCCAAAAUCCCGCCUCGCUAUGAGCCGUACUUUGGCAGUCACCACUUCUGGCAUGGUGGUCGACUGUUCAUGUUCGAUCGAUCCCGCCGAGAAGUGGCGCCCAAUCCAUUUCAACCAAGCCGCAGAGAUGAAGAGCUCAUCAAGCUUUCUUGCAUCGGCCGCAGCACCCUGCCUAUCAAGUCCCUCUUAGAUCACGUCAAAUUUUGGUCGAUUGACAAGGAGACGGCAAUGACGGUCAUCCGCCGUCCAGCGAGCAAGGAUCGGUCAAGAUACGCUGGUGCCUGGGAUCGCCUUAGGGCGAAACCCUCUCGUCCAAUGGACACCGUUGCUCUGGAUCCUGCUCAGAAGGAGAAGAUCAUUGCCGAUAUAAACGAAUAUUUGCACCCGUCCAGCCCACGCUGGUAUGCUACGCGGGGUAUCCCCUACCGUCGAGGCUACCUCUUCCAUGGCCCCCCCGGAGUUGGCAAGACCAGCUUGGCGUACGCUCUCGCCGGUAUUUUCGGUCUCGAUAUCUACAACAUUUCCUUGCUCGAGCCGACCCUGACCGAGUCUGACCUGAACCGUCUGUUCAACAAUCUCCCCCAGCGCUGCAUCGUUCUCCUUGAAGACAUCGACAGCGCCGGCCUUCUCCGCGACGAAAAGAGCGAUCAGGACGACGCCGCGGACCCAAACAAAAAGAAGGAAGAGUUUAGCGCAGAGACGCUAGCCAAGGCGCUCACGACUGCCAACCGCAAGCAGAAACAAGCCGACGAGACCAAGCAAGGCAUCUCCCUCUCAGGCCUUCUGAAUGCCAUUGACGGCGUUGCUACUCACGAAGGCCGCGUCCUCGUCAUGACUACCAACCACCCGGAGAAGCUAGAUGAUGCGCUCAUCCGGCCCGGUCGUGUGGACAUGCAGGUCGAGUUCAGCCUGGCCACACACGAGCAGAUGCGCGACAUCUUCAUCCGCAUGUACUCACCUGACGAAGACAACCAAUCGUCCCAACCCAUCCGCCGCCGGGUCACCAACAAUGUGCACAAACAGCCUAAGCUCAACGGCGCGGCUAAUGGCGAAAGUAUCAAGCCAAAGCUUCCCGUCUCCGUUUCGCUUCCUGCCCUGUCGAAAGACGAGCUCCGCCACAUGGCGGACAAAUUCGCAGAAUUUAUGCCGGAGGGCAAGCUGUCGCCGGCUGAGGUACAGAAUUUCUUGCUCACGCGUAAGAAAGAGCCGGAGCGGGCGUUGGAGGAGGUGGAAGGGUGGUGUAAAGCAUUGUUGGAUGCGAAGGAGAGGAAGGAGAAGGUUGUUAGGGUACAGUGA